AAUUGCUCCGCUCCGCUGGGACGACCAGGAGGGGAAAUCCGCCCAAAACUUCCUGUCAGGAAGAGAAAGAUUAGAGAGGAAAAGACGUGACGCCAGCAGUCGCUACAGCCUCUCGCUGCCCUCUGCCACACCGGACUCUGAGCUGAGCGUUAACCGUAGUUAGUUGAGUUUAUAUGCUCCUAAAUUACAGUGAUUGUUGCAUUCAGGCUGUAAUUAGCAAAGACAGAUUUUCUGAUAAUGUCAACAGUGGCUGGGUCCACCUUGUAGUUUGUAUUUUAUGUAUUUCAACAGAGUUUUUACAUCCUUUAUCAGCAGGUUGCUUUCAGUUUUCCUAAGUGUUGAAUUAGAAGUCCAUUGUUUUCUAAUAGUUUUGUUUUUCCUGCUCAGAGGAUGUUGUUAUCAGUGUGUUUUUCCUGUAGCUUGUAAAGCAGUUAGGGUUUGAGGGUCAGUGUAGAUGUAAGAGGGGAGAACUGAUGUGAAGAUCCAACAUUGCCUGAAAACGUUCUCUACUUUUUCCACUGAUUUUUUUACUUCGCACCGAGGAGGAAGCUGGGUCGGUGGAUUCAUUUUGCCACCCUGAAUGUGACACAUUGAGCCAUGCUGCUGUUGCUGCUGACGAUCUGCCUUCAAACUUCACUGCAACAAGAACAGACGCCUCCUCCUGGUCGUUGUGAUGUCUCUCAGAGGGAGGAGGUCCACACCUCCUGCACCUCUUGCGCCGCCGUCUCCUCCAGCAGCUGCCCCCGCGGCUUCAGCCAAUCGGGCACCCUAAACUGCAGUUAUCUGGUGGAGAUCAGUGCCAGGAAGACUCUCCUGCUGGGUGGAUGUCAGCACACCUGUGUGAAAGGAUACAUGCAGCCACGCUGCUGCCCACAGCACUGGGGACCCCUGUGUCUAUCCUGUCCCAGCUGGUCAGGGAAGACCUGUAACUACCAUGGAACCUGUCUGGAUGGAGACGUGGGAAAUGGGACCUGCGUCUGUGAUGAAAGCUUCUCUGGCUUUGCCUGUCAGGAGUGUAAGAAUCCAAACUCCUACGGAGAAAAUUGUGAUAAAAAGUGUGACUGUGAACAUGGAGUGUGUAAUGGAGGUCCAGAGGGGGAUGGACAGUGUUUUUGUCAGCCGCCCUACACUGGGAAGCGCUGUGACCAAGUGAGUUCCAGGUGCAAUACCUGCAGUCCGUACUCGUACUGUAAAGGAGAAGGAGACGCCGCCGACUGCGAAUGUUUGGCCGGACACAGGAGGACGACACAGGGAAAAUGCGCAAGUAUUUGCUCUCUGAGGGAGUGUGACGUCAAUGCCCAGUGCUCCUCCACGGGGUCAAAGGUCAGCUGCGCCUGUAAGCCGGACUACCUGGGCGACGGGAAGAUCUGUGUACCCAGAAACCUUUGCUCCGAGAACAACGGAGGGUGUCCCAUCGACUCCACCAUCUGUGUCUUCAAAGGACCCAACAAGUCCAGCUGUGAGUGUAUGUUCGGCAUGUCGCCUGUAGGAGGAAACGCUGAGUUUGGUUGUCAGCUGGUCUCUGCCUGCUCAGCCGAUACCUGUGACCCCACUGCUGUCUGUCAAACUGGAGUGGAUGGACAACCAAAAUGUGUGUGUAAUGCUCGUCAGAUUGGCGACGGACGGCGUUGCUAUGGUAACCUGAUGGAACGGCUGAUUGAGCUGGACAGAAGUGGGAGUCAAAGAGGAACACUGACAGGAGCCGUCGCCUUGUUCGGAGAAGGCUGUUCAAUGCAGCUGAGUCGAGAUGGACCCUUCACAGCUUUCAUCCCACUGCUGAAAACACCUCUGACU